AUGGGAGGAAGAAUCAUCGGCUUUUUGGCCGGCGUGACCGUCUCAGGAAUUGCAUGGACCAUAGCUGAGCCGCUCAUGACGAUGCCGUUGAUGUUCGUUUCUAACGGCCUUCAAGACGCCAAGGACCAGAUCGACAACAGAAUUCUUUCAGACAAGGGUAUCGAGAAGAACCCACAGCCGCCCAACAGAAGAGUGACGCAAUUGACGAGGCCUUCGUUCCUGGAAACUUGCAAAGACUACUGGAAUGAGGAGUUGAUCAAGGGCGUCAACUGGGUCUACUCGAUCAACUGGUACCAGUGGGGGCUUGAUGCUGACCGCAGAUUGAACAAGUUGACGGACAAGUUGACCAAGAGCAUCGCCGAUGCGGGCAAAGAGGGCAAGUGA